AUGUCCGGCGGCUGGCUCAGCUCACGUGACUACUGGGGUGCGCGAGGGCAAGGCCGCGCAGAACGGCGGCGGCAGGGGCAUUACGGACCCCUCCCGAAGCCGCAGGCCAAGGUCGUUCCUGCGAAAUUUCCGUCUCCAGCUGCAGCUGCAGCUGAGCACUCGCAGCAGCCCCGUGACUUGCCGAAGGAGCUGGAAUCCACGGGGGCCAGCGCAAAGCCGGCACCGAAGCCGCCAGUUCGAGCUCCGGUGGCGAAAACAUCGUCUCCUGCUGGAUCUGCUGGAAAGCCUGUGCCGUCUCCAGUUGCGGAAGCUGCUGGAGAGCCUUCGCCUUCGACUUGGUCUGUGCCGCCCGCAGCAGCUCCGGUGGCGAAAACAUCGUCUCCUGCUGGAUCUGCUGGAAAGCCUGAGCCUGCGGCUUCGACUUCGGCUGUGCCGCCCGCAGUGCCGUCUCCAGUUGCGGAAGCUGCUGGAGAGCCUUCGCCUUCGACUUGGUCUGUGCCGCCCGCAGCAGUUCCGGCACAGCCAUCGCCGCCGACGUCCGCAGACACAUCGGCGGUAGCGAGUGACCAGGCGCGGUCUUUGCCUUCGGAAAGCUGGCCCUUUGACCACCUCAUGAACGUCAUGGGUCAAGCAGUCGAUACGGUGCAACUGCCGUACGGUUGGCGACAAGUCCGGCUCACCUCCGAGCAAACAUACUACUUCAACGAAGACGCGCGGAUAUGCAGUUGGCAACAGCCGGUGAUCUGGGAGGUCAGCCCGGCGGAAGCCACACCUCCCGAGAUGGGUCCUUGGAGUCUGUGGCACGUGUGGGGAACGGCCAAGCGUGUGAAGUUCUUCUACAACACAUCCAGCGGACAGUCCGCGUCUUAUGAAAAAUUC